CAACACUAAUGUUUGGACGAGGACGACAGCGAGACGUAAAGGGUCGUAGAUAGUGAACGUAUUCUGUAGUUCAGCGGUGAAAUGUUAUGACGUGCAGCAUCUGUCUUUGUUUCAAUAACAUUCGAGUAGUUUUUCAAAAGGAUCUUAGUUAACAUAAUGUAAAAAACGUCGUAACAUACAAUAAUAAGUAUUUGCAUUGCGAUGAUUUUUUCCAAAGUAUGAUCGUGCCACAAGAAAUUAGCUUAGUUAGGUGUUCACAUUUGUUAAGUUCUGUGUAUGUUGUGCCAAUAAUGAGAUAGUGGAGUGUUGUGAUGCGGCUGUGGGACAUGUGGGGCGUGCUAUGGACCGUCGAGGCCCUGGCACAGCUCGUAGGGGUGGUGGCAACACCUCUGGAUCCCGCGCCACUGACUUUGCGAGGGUUGUCACCAUUCGUGCGGCACUGGCAACCGGCGGGCUACGAGCCGGUGACGCGGCAUCGCCGACGGAGAUCUUUGCCUCUUCCCCCGCCCACCACCACACUACGCCUCUUCUUCACAGCUCACAAUAAGGAGUUUCGACUAGUGCUGCAGCCAGACCCGAGCUCCGUUUUCGCGGAGGGCGUGCAGUUCCACUCCUCGGCCGGACCCAUAGACUACAACACCGCCCAUGUCUACUCAGGGAAGUUAGAAGAUGACGAUUCUUCUCAUGUCUAUGGUGUGAUUACCGCUGAUGGUCUAUUUGAUGGAACAAUAUGGACAUCUAGUGAAGAGUAUUAUAUAGAACCUCUUUCCCGGUACAAUAUUGACCAUCCCUCUAUGCACAGUGUCAUAUAUAGAAGAUCAGAUGUUGAGCAUCCAUACGCUAAUAGCGACGUUACGCACUGUGCCUCUCACCUACUCCACGUCAAAGGCAAACUUGGAUAUCAAGGGGAACUGCUUAACUUUACUGAUCAAGUAACCGUUAAGGAAGUACCUUUUAAUAAUAACUCCGAAGAUUUACAUAGCGAAAUAAACAGAAGAAAGAAGCGAUGGCUUCCUGAAGACGAAAUGCAAGACGACGAGCCAAAGAAGAAUCCCGAACUACCUUUAGACUUAGACGUCCCCUACACCAGUAAUAGUGAUCCAUUCGAUAAGUUUAGUACGAGAAAACCAAAAACCAAAAUUGAUAAAAGUAACCUCAUUACUAAAGUGCGACUCGAUUCAGAAGAGUCGAGACCGAAGCCAAAGACGCAUGUUGAAGUGAUUAAAACCAAGGCAGGUGUUGUGACGGUUAGCAAAGACAUAGUUAAGAAGGAACCGGUUGGGUACACUAUACUCUCAGCGAAUGCAAGCGAUGACGGCAGACAUGUGAACAAGAGAGCGACUGUAGAUCCGAGAAAAACUACAUGCUUGGUUUAUUUACAAGCCGAUCAUAUGUUUUAUCAGAGAUAUGGAUCCGAAGAAGCUUGUAUAGAAGUUAUGACGCGACAUGUGCAAAAAGUUAACGCUAUUUAUAAAGUAACAGAUUUUAAUCAAGAUGGAAAACCUGAUAAUAUCACAUUUAUGAUUAAAAGGAUUAAGGUUCACACGCUAGACGCACUGAAAGAUCCAGCCUACAGAUUUCCUAACAACUAUGGCGUAGAAAAGUAUUUAGAACUUUUUUCAGAGGAAGACUACGAUGCUUUCUGCCUAGCAUACAUGUUUACGUAUCGUGACUUCGAGAUGGGCACGUUGGGCCUUGCGUGGACGGGUGACUUAAAGAACGCUGGAGGUGUCUGUGAGAAGAAUGGCCACUACCGCGGCAGUAUGAAAUCGCUGAACACCGGCAUCGUCACGCUGCUAAACUACGGCAAGCACGUGCCGCCCGCCGUGUCGCACGUCACGCUCGCGCACGAGAUCGGACACAACUUCGGAUCUCCGCAUGACCCAGAAAUGUGCACACCGUUCGGCGAAGACGGUAAUUACAUAAUGUUUGCACGAGCGACGAGCGGCGAUCGCAAGAACAACAACAAAUUCUCACCUUGCUCUCUCCGCGCUAUCGACCCCGUUCUAAACAACAAGGCGCGAUCGCCCAAAGGGUGCUUCACGGAACCUCAGCCGGCGAUCUGCGGCAACGGCGUGGUGGAGGAGGGCGAGGAGUGCGACUGCGGCUGGGCAUCCGAGUGCACGGACGUGUGCUGCCGCCCGCAGGCCGUGCGCCCGCACUACAAGCCCUGCACGCUCACCGAGCACAGCGUGUGCAGUCCCAGCCAGGGCCCAUGCUGCACGGCGUCGUGCACACUGAAGUUCGGCGACAAGUGCCGCUCCGACAACGGCUGCCGCGACGCCGCGCACUGCGACGGCAAGCGCGCCGCCUGCCCCGCCAGCCGGCACAAGCCCAACCGCACGCGCUGCGACAAGGAGCUCGUCUGCUUCAUGGGGGAGUGCACCGGGUCGAUCUGCCUCGCGUACGGCCUGGAGUCGUGCCAGUGCGCGCCGCGCAAGGACGACCCGCGCUCGGCGUGCGAGCUGUGCUGCCGCAAGCCGGGCGGCGCCUGCGUGUCCUCGUUCCACUGGAACACCGCGCCCUUCGACGUGCCCGACAUGUAUGCGAAGCCCGGCACGCCAUGUAACGACUAUAAUGGGUACUGCGACGUGUUCCAGCGCUGCCGAGAGGUGGACCCGUCGGGCCCGCUGGCCACGCUCCGCAAGCUGCUGCUGUCCGACGAGAGCAUCGCCGGCUUCAAGCGCUGGGUGCUGCGCCACUGGUACGCGGUGCUGCUCAUCCUGCUCGCUGUCAUUGCUCUGCUGGUGGCUAGCACCCGUUUCUUCGGCCGCCAUGCAAAGAAAAUCAAAUCAGUCACAAUCAUUCAUUCAUCGACCACUGAAACCGUCCGCUUGCCAGAUGCCGCUGAUCAAGGUCUUAUCGUCCACACUGCUGUCAGAUCUAAACUACCUCUGAAGAAGAAAGUCGCUCUUCGAACUCGUGCUUAUCGUAAUAAGAAGGACACAAAGCAAGGCGAUAAAGCGUCUCCUUCACAUAAUUUGAAAAAGAGGAAACCAGUCAAUCAACCCAAGUUGGAUGAACCACAUAAAGUGGCGAAGGAAAGCACAGCAGUUGUAACAAAUACUGAGGGCAAAUCUCCAAAACAUGUAAUUUUAUCAAAACAUAAAAACAAAGUUAAGAAACGUAAAGUAAAAGUUAAAAAAGAAACAAUCGAUUAUAGUUCCUUGCAAAAACAUUCCUCGUCUACCCCACCCAAGGACACGGAAGCUUUGACUAAAGUACAGAAGUGGCUUCUCAGUUCCCCCCAGCCCACUGUCAUCCCUAAAUCUAAGUCCAUACCUCUAGGUCUCACGGAGAGAACACACAGACCGGCACCGAAGGGUACCAGGAAAACAAGACCGUCCAAAAGCGCAUCUAAUCUGCUCUCUGGUGAAAAAACCAGGUUACAGGUUGUUUUUAAACCUCCCUUUAGAUUCAGUGUUAAAAUUUGUAAGAGUGACAAAACAAAGGUGGUGCUCGACAAAUCUUCUAAGCCCGACGUAGAUAGAAAACAGCACGACGUCUUGCCUCAACUGACUUGCCCAGUGGAUGGUGCGAAACAUAGUUCUAAGACACCCAAGCAUUCUCAGUCUGUAAGUAAUAUUGACAAUAAUAGUUUACCUAAAACUGAACCGGCAAAUCAAGAAAGUGGUAGUCAUGGUUACGAAAAUCUCCUGCCACGGAGCGCUAGUGACUGUAAGUUAGGAAAAAAAUUACCCGAUUCAAAAAUUCGUACCGGUCAUAAAAAGAGUAACUCUGUGGGUCAGAAACGCGAAACGACAGAGAGUCGACAAAAUCUUAUAUCUCACGAGGACUUCGACAACACUCACGUGUACGAGAACGUCCUUGCGACCCAAGACUCUUUCGUUCCGAAGAGUUGUAGUAUGCCACGAAGACAAACCACGAGCGGUAUCUCGAGGCAAAGCAGCUACGGACAUCUACCUAGAGCUCAAAUUCGUCCACAGAGACAUAGCACGAAUAACAUAAGCCGGUCUAGGAACAACAGUACCAACGAAUCUGAGCACUUUUACAACAUAAUAGAAACUCUCAGGAGAGACAACUCGGGCAACGCGAAUACCUGUCGAACCAACACGAGCAGCUCAUCGGGGAGCAGUCGCGAGGGAGUCGCGAAGAUCUCGAGUAAAUCGUCGCGCUCACGCUCAAGUCUCACAAACGCGCCCUCGUCGUCGAAAUCGUUGAGGCAACUCGGCGACGUCGAACUCGAGAAAUCGCAGCCUAUAGACAAUAAUUCAAGGGGCUUCCAACUGGUGGUGGGGAAGGACAGACUGAAGCGGCAACUGAGCGACAACGAGCUGAGUCGGUCGCGGCUGCAGCUGGCGAUGCCGAUGUCGGCGGGCGCCGAGCCGCGCCAGCCGUUCUGCUGGAGCGAGGCGGCGCGCGCGCGGGCCCGCCAGCGCGCCGCCUACACGUUCGGCGAGCUCAAGAACACCGUCCCCAACUCGACGGACGCGGCCGCCGUCGAGGGCAUUCACAUCUCACCGGAAGAUUUUCUGAAAAUUAUCGACAACUAGUCGGCUCUCGGUCGGGACUCUGGGGUCAGUCGUUUUCGUUGGCGAGUUAUGAUUAAUCGAUGUGUAUAUUAUGAGAUAUUCGCAGGUCUACUGGCGGCCGAUGUAAAUAUUGUAAUGUGCUUCUAUUAUUAGGAAUAAAAUGCGCCACUGAAACAGGCCAUUGCUCAGUCUGACGAUGGAACGUCACCGAAAACACCAGUUUUAUUUGGCUUUCGACAUAAAUACUACGAAAUAAGUCUCCAUAUACAGAGUAUCGAAUAUCUAUUAACAUUGAGCGGGCUUAUUAUUAUGUGUUACUAAAGUUAAUGUAAAAAAAGUAAGUCACGUUACUGAUUUAUAUAUUAUGAUGUAUUAAUUUCCUGCUAGAAUUGAAAAGGGUAAACAAAAACUUUUUAUACUAAAUAAAUGAUUUAGCUAUAAGUUGAUUAUUAUAAUUUUGCUGGCAAUGGUUUAGUUUCACUGAACGAUCUCUAUAAAUGAAUCUCUAUUUUUUCUACAUACUAUGUACCUAUUGUACAAAUUUACUCAUACUUAUGUAAAGUAUUCAUAUAUAUUAUAUAUAUUUAUUUUAUUACGUGAAAUAUGUAUUCUUUUACGCAAUAAAAAUGUCCAUUAUUAUUUAAAAUAAGCUUUUAUCGAUGAAAUUGCGACAUACGAUAAUAAUCAUUUUAUUAUUUUAUGUGCUUAGUACAAUGUUAAUUUUUUUUCUAAUAGCUGUCAAUUAAUAUGUCAAUCUGUUAAAAUUAAUAAAUGUCUAUAAAAAGAACUCUGCACUAAUAUUCCUCCAAAUUAAUAACAUAUUAUAAAGUUCGUCUCAAAAUACUUUUUAACAAAACAGUAUUCUAAAGAUUUAUAAAUAUAAUAAAUAUUUUUAAAUAUUAAAAAAGUCAUACCAGCGAUUCUUAUUUUAAAUUGAUAAAAUACAAUAAACUAAUUUGAACAAUAAUUUUAUUAUUACAUAACAAAAUAUAUUUUUAAAUAUAUUUUUUGUUUCUUAAUCGAUAGAAUUCUGUUUUGAUUAAAACUAAGAAAUUAUGUCACGAUAAAUACAUAUAAGAGAUUUAAAUAAACUUUUUUGACAUAAUCAUAUUUUUCUAUAAAUAUUCGAAUCCACUAACAAUAUUAUCUCUCCAAGUGAACGAACUCAACAGCUGUUAUUCAUAAUUCGUUCUGUAAUAUCUGGGAUGGAAAUAAGUUUUAUGUGUCUGCGUAUUAUAAUGACAAUAUAACGAUACAUAUAGAUAUUCUAAUUAUUAAUAAAUGUGUAAAUUCAUUGUUAUUGUUAUUAUCGUUUAGGUACAAAGCGAUUUUGUUGUUCUUUUCCGCCUGAUUUUUGUAUAAACGUAUAAUUUUAUACGAAUAGAAGAUAUAGGCUUUUCAUCAUAAUUAUUAGUGCCAACAUUAUUUUAACUAUUAAUGUUUUUAUUAUGAUAUAAUAACAUUCAAAUUUAAAACAUACUGUUAAAAACAUUGUGUAAAUUUUUGAAGUACAAUAUCUAUGAAAAGUCGAUUUAAAUUGUUCGAAGUAAAUGCUAGUUAAUGAUAUAAUAUUCUAUCUCAGAUAUCAGAAAGUGUUCCGUUACAUUUGAAUGGUAUAAGGUCGCGAAGGCUUUGCGGCUGCAGCGUCUAUGAGCUUCGUAAUAGAGAGGUAAGGGUAACAUUAAAUCUAGGUAUUGUAUUGUAUAGAAAACAAUUUCUAAGACGAUACUGAAAGUAUCGGAAAUGUUACAAAUUUGUAUUUUAAAUUUUUUUGUAACAAAUGUGGAUCAUGUGAGAAUAAUUCAGUAGAUUGUCGCUUAUUACAUAAUUUAUUAAUUAUGUAUGUAUAAUGUCUUAUGAUACAAACGUGAAUAAUAAGAGAUUGAGUGAAUUAUUUUCACGAAUAUGACGUCACAUUUUUAAUAUGCAGAUUAAAUUCUACAUUCUUAUUGAAACUGUAAAUUAAAAUUUCUGCCUUAUACUAUAAACAAUUUUUUUUACAGUGAAAACUAAAACCUAAUAAUAAUUUGGUUGAUAUCAAAAGACAAAAUAAUUAGUGUAACGAUAUUUAAUCAACGUUAAAUAAUAAGACAAGAUAAUUAUAAAAUGUACGUAUAAAUAAGCAAACUCGGGAAGAUAAUUUUAUGUUUAUAACAAAUGAGUGAAAUCUCAAUUACAGAUAAAAUGCAGCUAUAAUAAAGUACUUACUUUUUACUAUAUAUUAUAAUUUCCUAAAAGUCUAUGAAAUGUGUUAAAUGUACAUCUAAAUUAUAAAUAUGAUUAGAUUCAAUGGAACUAUAUAAUGGUUUUGUAGAUCAUUAAAAUGUGAAUUUAUUCGAAAUAGAUUUCUUGUAAUAUAGUUAUAAAUGUAUGUAUAGCAGUUUCCAAAACCUUCAUUUAAUGUUAAAUACAUAACUUGCAUAACCUUGCGGCAGAUUUCUAGAUGGCCAUGAUCUCAGUAUUUGUUCCAAGUGCCUUAUGAACAAAUAAAUUCAUUCCUACCUACAUUCCAGAAAUAAAUCCUAUGAUCGUCUAGGACUAUUCUUGUUUUGUAUCUUGAUCAAAGUAAUGUUCAAGAUAUCAAGUAACAAGAAUAUAAAUAACAUUCCUUUAUUGUCUCCCGUACUUAAUUAGUCUGUGAUAGUAUAAGUUUAUAUUUUGAUCUUAUAAAAAAAAUAACAUUUAAAUUCAAUUAUUCCGAACAAAUACAAAUUUGUAAUAAAUUCAUUUUCUAACAUUUACUAUUUUUUCUGUAUUUUUUAAAUAAAAGAAUCCAACAUA